AUGGACGGUGACGACGUCCACGUGGACGACUGGGACGUCUUCUUCAAGACGGCGUUCGGGCCCGAAGACGACCUCGACGGCGUGCUGGCGCCCAGCCCCUUCGCGCACCAUGCCCUGAAGCUCCACACCAGCCCCGCACCGCCGUUCGGCGACGCGCACGCGCCGUACGUGGCGGGCGACGUCGAGCGCACGGCGUCGCGCGGGCAGCUCUCCACCGCCGUCGACGACGUCCCCCCCCUGCAGCACCAAGCGACCAUGGCCGGCGCUUGCGCGUGGCCGACGCCUCGGUCCGCGGCGCACACGGUGUGCCUCGACAUGGGCUGCGCGAGCGCGCACGCCGUGGAGCCGGGCGAGCACGUCGCGCCCGUGACCGAGCGGCCCGCCGCCGACGCGCGUGCGCGGCACGCGCGGCACAGCCAUUCAGGCGGCGACGCCCCCGCGCGGCACACGCGCUCGUCGGGCGUGCAGGUCGAGCACAUGCAGCUCGUGCGCGGGGGCAGCGGGCGGCCGCGGCUGCGGUGGAGCGCGGAGCUCCACGCCGUCUUUGUCCGCGCUGUCGAGGAGCUCGGGGGGCCGUGGCAGGCGACGCCGAAGCAGAUCGUGGACCGGAUGGAGGUGCCGGGGCUGACGAUCCUGCACGUGAAGACGCACUUGCAGAAGUACCGCCACCAGGGCGAGUCAUCCACGCCGUCGCCCACGGGCGCCUCGCGCAAGGCCGGCACCGCGAGCGACGCCGAGGCGUGCGAGAUCGAGCCGGUUCACACGCCGAAGGCCGCGGCGAAGAAGCGCGCGCGGCUCGCCUGCGACGACUCGACCGAGACGGACUCGGUCACCACGUCUGGCCCGGCGCGCUCGCACUCGACGGGACUCCCCCCGCUACCCGCGCUCCCGCUGCGCGCCACCGCGCCGAUCGGCACCACGCCCGCGGCGCCCGGCGCCCCCCCGCUCCCGAGCGUCGACGAAGAGCGCGCGCUUAACCUCCUGCAGCAGUCCGCCGCGGCCCUCCGCGUCGAAAAAGCGUCGCCGCCCGAGAAGGGGUCCUUCUUGAAGAAGAUUGGCCGCGGGCUCGCCGCCGUGAUGGGCAACCGCGCCGACAUCUUCCUCGGACACGCCAUUGCGGGGCCUCGGCCGCACCGCGCGAAGCCCACCCGCAACGGCUCGGGCGCGGAGGCGCAGGCGCCGCCCGUCCCGGAGGCGCAGGCCAGGCAGCUCGAGCAGGUCCUGGCGCGGCACGCCGACAUGCUGCAGCGCCUGGAGGAGGAGCGGAAGCGCGAGCGCGAGCUGCUGCGGGCCCUGGAGGAGAACCAGCGCCUCGUCGAGCGGCUCAUGCGGGAUACGGGGCUGCUGCAGACCGGAUCGGGGUCCAGCGGGGGCGGUGUCGCGGGCGCAGCGGGGCCGGGGGCGCUGCAGCCCGUCGCGCGCACGGACUCGGCCCCCGCGCGGUGA